GAAUUACUUGAAGCAGAAUGAUAAUAAUUAUUAAUAAUCGAUUUUAGCUGCAGCAGCUAAGCACAAUAUCUCUUAAGAGAUUCCAAUGACUGUUCAAUUAAACAAAGUUACAGCUUAGAAUGAUGUCCCAGACUUUCUAUUAUAUUUGGCUUUGACAGAAAAUAGUGGACUUUUGAAUUCUUAUAAAGGACAAAUGAUUAAACAUAUGAAAAUGCAUUAUUAUUUGCAGUACAUUCAGCCUCAUGAAACAAACUACAAAAAGGAUAAAUACUUCUUCAGUAAUCCAGUUUUUAGAGAUAAUAUAAAGAGAGUUUGUAAGAGGAAGUAUAUUAAAGAAUAUGAGGUAAGAUUAUACCAUUGUGAUUUCUUUUUGGCAAAAUCGAAUACAAUAGUAGAGGUGAAUGGGUAUAAACACUAUCUGCAUUUCAAGGAAAGAAAGACUGGGAAUUAUCAGUAGAAAUAUAAUUAGCUGAUAAAAAAAGGGUUUAAAAUUAGAGAAAUAGAAUAAUGA